GGGCAUGAACAAGUCUCGGGUUCGAAUCCCAUUCCCCCGGGAGUCGGUCGCGGCAACCUAGUAAUUGCGGAUUUGAUUUGGUCCGGCACAGACAUUAUUUAACAGCCACACAUGUGGCUCCUCUUCAACACAUUUCCAAAGUAAAUUGCGUAGGGACUGAGUUUUUUCCAAUCAUUUUUCUGCCUGCCGCACUUCAUUCCUUACGUGCGUGCAUGUAAGAUGUAAAGCCUGCUUUUUUACCACCAUAAGAAGAGAUAUGCCUCUUGGUUGGAGGAGGAAAUGGGGAAACAGAAGGGGGGGAUUCAGGAUUAGUGUUCACGGUAAAGGCUGCAGGCGGUGAUAUGACUGAAUGAUGCAUGCAGACCUCAGCAAAAUCUUUGAGAGGUCCAAAGAAAAUCGUGAGGACUGACUUCUGGUCUUUCUAUCUAUCGAUAUACCUAUUUGGGAUAAUAGUACCCACAUGUUAGUCUGUGCUUUGAAGACUGGGAUUUGAACUUUGAACGUCUCAACAAGUUCUUACAGUACGGCAAAAGAAUAUGAGUUACAUUCGAUGAAUAUAUAUUCAUACAUUUACUGUUGGUUUGGUAUGAUUGGUCAAUGUUUUUAUUGAUUUUUGCGGUGAGUUUGAUCGCUGGAUGUCUUUGUGGGAAGCUGGAGAAUGAUUUGGCUGCAGAAGAAUUUUAGUAAGAAUAAGAGUUUGAGCAAUGACCCAGCGAGUACCCUGCUGGGACAGUGAGGUAAAUAACAGUAGCAGCAGCAACAGCAUGUUUAAUGUAAACAAAUCCAGGGCAUGGGACCACGAGGGGCGCAACGAUAUGGCAGAUCAGUUUUAUCAAGCUGUGCCGGACUAUGUCCAGGUUGCAGAGCUGACUUGGAAAGAUGGCCAUUUGGCCAUGCAAGAGCUGGGAAACAGAGCACCCAAUAGGCAUCAGCAGAAGUUCUCUUCCUCCUCUUUUGGAGUGCCUCCAGGUUAUCUCUGGGCAAAUGAUCAGCCUGCUGUCCUCACCAGGAGAUCACAAGGCAAUGAGAAAUUAGAAGUGGAGGGAACUUUGGAUGCCAUUGUGGCCCGAUCUAUUGAUGCUCCAGUGUCGAAUUUGCAUUCCAUAGACGAGGAAAUGGCGUCCUGGUUUCAGUAUCCUCUCAAUGAAAAAAAUUGCCAUGAUGCAUUGGUUCCUGCUUUUGUUCCCUCUAUCCCCACAAAAUCUCAGGGCUCGAGUCCAGCAAAUAUCAUAUCUCCAAGUAUCCCAAGUGGUGUACAUCAGCAAGGCCCCAGGGAUGGCUCCAUGAACUUCUCCCACUUCUCGAAACCGGCAGUGAUGAUGAAGGCGCAUCUACAAGCCCUCGGCAGUGCCAGCGGUCCUACCAAUAUACAACGAGUGAGGCAGUAUGGUGGGGAAGCUGAGGUCAAGCUUUCAAAUAUCAGUAUCGUGGGAUCCACCGGAGGAGGUCAUCAUGGUCAUGGCACUAAUUCUGAAGACUCCCAUCCUGCCUUGAGUACUCAUGCGAACACUUUAACCUCCAAAAACUGUGCCCCUCUUCCUCCAAACUUGCCCAGUAGCAGGAGUCCUUGCAAGGCCGCACCCUCUACUACUACUGCUGCUACUACUAUCACUUCUGAUUGUGAUUGUAUGAUUGCCAAAGCUGUUGAGGACCAGAGUGGGACUAGUGCUAUUAUUGGCAAGGAAAUAACUACCUCAGAAAUGAACUGUGAUGCUAUGGAGCUUACCUUGAUUUCGACCUCCCAGGGCUCCCCUGACAAUAGCAUGACAGAGAAGGUCGGGAAAGAGCCUUGCAGUACCAGAUGGAAGAGGAAAUCAAGAGGAGAAGAUUCAGGCUGCCAAAGUGAGGACCAGGAUGAUGAUCACUCUGCUAAAGCAAAGAAACCACAACCUAGCAGACGCUCCAACUCUGGCAAAAGGAGUAGAGCUGCAGCUGUGCAUAAUCAAUCUGAGAGGAGGCGUCGAGAUAGGAUUAAUGAAAGAAUGAAGGCUUUGCAGAAAUUAAUACCCAACUCUAGCAAGACUGACAAAGCUUCAAUGCUGGAUGAGGCAAUCGAGUACUUGAAGCAUCUCCAAGCACAAUUGCAGAUGAUGUGUCUCAGAAAUGGAAUGAACAUUCCUCCCAUGAUGAUGCCCUUGGGGAUGCAGCAGCUGCAGAUGUCUCUGUUGGCAUCUUUAGGUCCUAUGGGACUAGGCAUGGGAAUGGCAGGUGUUGGUCUUGGAAUGGGAAUGGGGAUGAUGGACAUGAAUUCAGUUGCAGCUGCAGGACGAGCUGCUAUGGUACCAAUGGGCCAACCUCUCACUGGGACAAGCUCCCAUGCCAUUCCAGUCUCAGUUCAUCCAGCGACUUUUAUUCAACCCAAUCUAGCAGCAGCUGGAUUCCCUUCUGCCCCUGAUGCUAAUGAUCGAUUCCAAAACUCUGCAAUUGUAGAUCCCUAUAGUGCGUUCAUGGCUUGCCAACGUCAGUCCAUGAAUAUGGAUCUGUACAACUCCAUGGCUUUGCUGCAGCAACAGCACCUUCAGCAGCAGCAGCAGCAACAGUAUCCACACCUUCAACUGCUGAAGCAGCAUCAGCAACACCUAAAUCAUCAGCAGCAGCAACACUCAAAUCAUCAUCACCAGCAACAGCAACACCCAAAUCAUCUACAGCAGCAACAAGUCAAUAAUUGCAAAUGAGAUAAUCAAGCGUACCGAAUUGGUUAUUUAGCUGUGCAAAACCAUUGCAUUACACCCUACAAAAGAGCCUUUAAUAUCAAUGUCAGCUGUAUACAUCGUAUGGUGGGUGCUGCCUUUUGUUGGUUCCAACUUCCAAGAUGAGAUGCAGACUUCCAAAUUUGAAGGUGGAUUCAGAAUAUCUAGAACUGCAAUUUAUUUGUGUAACAUAUAUGUGAAUUAAGCAGGAGAAUACCAUGUAUGUCCAAAAGAUUGAUUUUUGGUUGAAUCAAAUUUGUAUUUAGCUGAUUUGUAAUAUUUUUGACAGCUUGUCUUUUUUGCUUUGUUCAAACUAUGCAGCAAUUGGUCCAGUAAUCCUUUUAUUGCCAUGGAGGACCACAAUAUGGACUUCACAUAUUGGUUAAGUUCAUAUCAUGGUCUUCAAAAAUGAUGUAAUAUUAUGACUUUGGGCCAUCUUUUUGGGUGAGCUUUGGAAUGACAAAGAAUCUAUUGUUUUAUUGCUAA